AUGAGCUGUCCAUCUUCGAUUGAUUGUGCCGCGGCUGCUGUUUCUAGUUUCAGCACCACAAUAUAUGCCAUGGCCCUCUACAACCAGCAUGUCUGCCCCAUGGAUAACUGGCUGUAUAAUCAGUCGUGUGAGGAGAAACUGUCUCUACAGAGGGGUCCUGUGCUGUGCUGUACCCUUGACAAUGUCCCACUCAUCAGUAAGUGUGGGACCCAGCCCCCGGAGAGUUGCUUCUUCAGCCUCUUCUGCAGUACUGGAUACUUCUUUUUGAUGUUGAUAGGGCUGCUGCGGUAUGCCCACGUCAUAGAGAAGCACCAGAACUGUGUCCUCAACACGGCCAGCCUCUCCACUGGCUGGAUCUGUGCUGCAGGACUCAUCAUGGUGGGCAACUUCCAGCACGUCUGA